AUGACAUGGUAUCGUGGUCAGUGCAUGAUGCCGCAAGAUUUCCUGAAUAUGGGCAUGCCUGCGCUGGCUACCCCAAUACAGCCAAACAAUGCGGCAGCUGCAACUACCUGCCACCAACAAAAUAAGCCAAAGAAACGCCUGAUGUGCAUGACAUGGAAUGGUGGCGGUCUUGCCAGUCACAGACUUGACGAGGUAAAACAAUGGCUCCAGAUUCAACACAUCCAGAUUGCGGUAAUUGCGGAGACAAGAUGGACAUUCCAGUCCACCUGGAGUGAUCAAUCAUGGCACCACAUCCAUAGCGCUGAUCCAUCCCAUCGUGGAUCAGGGGUACUUGUACUAAUUGCCAAAAGCCUUUGCCCUGAGUCCAACCUCCGUUGGCAUGAGGUCAUACCGGGACGUUUAGUGCAUGUCCGUUUGAUGAUGCCAGCCCGCAACAUAGAUGUUCUUGGAUGUUACCAGCAUGUCUAUACCAGAGACACUACAUGUAAAUCCAAACGUGAGAGUUUUUGGAAAGCCUUGGACCAUCACCUUUCCAUGCUGCCAAAUAGGAAUACAUUAGUGAUUCUAGGAGACAUGAACUGUAGCCUCACUGAAUCCAAGGGCUGCUGUGGCUCAACCUGUUUCAGGUGGCAAAACCAAUUGCACCAGGGCUCAUUCCAUGCAGAUGCAGGACGUUUCACGUCCCUCCUGAAACUGCAUGGUCUUGUAGCGUUGAAUACGUGGGACCCAACAACAGGCCCAACAUUCUUGCAAAAUGGACAUGCCAGCAGGAUUGACUACAUUUGCACAAGGGCGCAAUUUGCAGAUGGCGGCGCCAAAUCACCAAAGAUCCUUUGGAAUGCCCCGUUUAUGCCUCUGACGCAGACAGGCCACGCCCCCAUCCUGGGGCACCUGCCACUGUACUGGAUCCCGCCUGACACACAGGUAAAUGGGCUGACUCCACAUCAGAGACAACAAGGCAGACUUGCUCAGAUGACCAAUACCAUGACCUGGCAGACCUUCAUGAACGCUGCCCCUGAUGCCAUUUGGAACCAACUGCAAACGGUCCUGACCUCAGAUUGCCAAGAACUUGACACUGUCCAUGUUACUGCGACACAUGAGUUCAAAAAGCAUUUUCCAGCCGUUAGCAAGACACUCUCACUUGCCCCAUGGCAAAAGAAUCCUGUGUUUUUUUCCAAAUGGACCCACCGUAAGUUGUUUCUGCAGGCCAAAUUACCUACCCUUAAUGCGCUUUUUGGGGUUUGGUUCCACUGGGCUAGAUUCCAAUCCUUGAAUCGUGAACAACGUAGGUAUGCCACCUUUUUGCGCAAGCAGAAAUUUGCAGAGACUGUUGCACUGGCACAGCAGGCGGCAAGCAGACAUGACACACAUCAACUGUUUGACAUCAUCAAUAGAUUUGCACCUAAGGCACCACUUCGAAAAAUGCAGCUUCGCAAUGAACAGGGCAUUCUAAUGACACCACCUGAGGAACGUAAGGUCCUGAUUGAUUUUGUCAAGACUACCUGGCAGGGGGAUCCCAUGAAGCCUUUGCCACUGGACAGGCCGAUACCGGUUCCCUUCACGGUUGAAGCUCUUGCGGAUGCACUGAGACGCAUUCCAUCGUCCAAAGCGGUAGCUCCCACAUGCGCUCCAGGACUUAUUUGGAACUCUGUGGCUGAUCUGAUUGCACCAACACUUCAUGCGAUUCUCACUAAGUGGUGGACCCCUUCAACACCAUGGAUACCAAUUAAUUGGCGUUCAGGAUGGCUUCAACUCAUCCCCAAACCCAAUAAACCUCCUACUAGACCGCAAAAUCUUAGACCCCUUGCACUCCAAUGUCCGGUUGGUAAGGCUGUGAUGGGGCUGAUCAUUCAACUUGCCACACAACAAGCAGACCCAGAGUUUCGAGCCUGGCCUCUUUGGGCCUUUUUAUCAGGUAGAUCGACGCAAGACCCACUGAAUAAAGUUGCAUCUCAUUGUAGACAGGUUCGGGAUUUGCUUACCACCCAAAAAUCCACGCCGCACUCCAGAGCCAUGAACAGACCAAUUUUUUCGGUAUUUGGGGGAUUGCAAAUUUUUGUAGAUCUUGAGAGAGCCUUUGACAGUGUCAACCGUACAAAAUUAUUCAGCAAACUGGCACAAGUUAGGAUCACUCCUGAUCUAGCACAACUCCUGCAAGGCUGGCACGUUGAAACUGACUAUUUUGUCACCCAUGCCGGCGUUUGCACUGCAGUCCCGGUCCAAAAAGGACUGAGACAAGGAUGUAAGGGUGCACCAUUUUUAUGGAACUGCCUUAUGACCCUUGUGAUGCAGAAACUCCAUCAAACUGUCUCAAUCCAGUGGAUCCGGAACCAUCUAUCGAUCUAUGCAGACGAUUGUCACAUAUGUGGCGUUUUUCGUAGCCAAGAGGACUUCCAGGCCCUCAUUCAAACCAUUGGUGUGUUUUUCCAGAUUCUGCAAGAUUUUGACCUGCGUUUGAAUCCACAUAAAUCCGUUGCCAUUCUGGAGAUUCAUGGACCUGGAAGCAAAAAAUUGCGCAGUCAACACGUGCAACGUGACAAUGCUGGAGAACGCCUGAAGAUCACGCUCAGAGGCCAAAAAGAUCUUUUGAUUCCAAUUGAAAAGCAAACAGUUUAUCUAGGCUGCAUAAUGGGAUAUCAUAGAUUUGAAGAUGCCACCACUUGGCACCGUGCCAAACUUGCACAUGUUGGGUUCCUUAGACUGCGACGCUGGCUCUGCAACAAACACCGUUUCUCAUUGCAGCACAGACUCCAACUUUGGCGCACCUGCAUUGUUCCCAUCAUGACAUAUGGGAUUUUUGCGGUAGGAAUCACCAGCAGAGGCACCAAACACUUGCUGAUACAGAUUACCAAGAUGUUACGGCUCAUUGUGCAUGAUCACCCGCAUCACACAGGUAAUUCCAAUGCAUUUGUUUUUCAGCAAUAUCCCAUUCCGAGCCCAGCGGAUGUUUUGACGGCCGCUGUGAAAUCCUUGCUCCAGUCUGUGGCCCAGCGACAAUUGACGUGGAGACCAGAUACCGUGGCAAACAGCCUCGAUUGGACACCACUUGCCCAAUUUCCGCAAUUAAUUGCGACAACCCAGGCAGCCAUAUCAUUGCACCGUGUCGAGACUGCUCUCUCUGGAGAGGCCAUCCUACUUGGACCACCAGCCUGCACCGGAGUCCUGACCAACAUGGCCUUGCCAGCACCUGCCCCUGCAUCCAAAAGAGGAGACACCAUGUUGACAGCGCAGGAACUGCAAUUGCUUUUGAAUCAGCCUUGGGGCCAACGGGUAUUGCAGCUCAUUGCAGAUGAUGCAUUGGACAAUCUUGAACGUGAACAGGAAGCAUGUCAGUAUCUAUCCAGAUACUGCUGUCUUUGUGGACAUCAUUUGCACCGCACCCAGGACGUCCACUUGCAUUUUAAAACUGAACAUGCUGCCUACUGGGACCACGUACCCCAGAAAGCCUUGGUUCUCACAAAUUUGCACAGCUCCGAUGGUCCUUGCCCACACUGCGGGGGAUAUUUUCGCCAGCACAAGUGCCCUGUCUGGACGCAAAUCUCUGUCUUGAUGUUGCACGGCGCAGGACUGAUGGCCUCUGAUCAGAUGCUCCCACCUGACGUGGUCCAUCGAUGCGAGGUAUGCCUUGAGGUGCUGCCUGACAUACAGGCACUGACACAGCAUUUGAAAACCAAACAUGGACUUGCCGGCAUUUCCUAUAAUGUGGCACGCGACAGUUUGAGCGGCCAGGCGGCUUGCGCCCACUGUGGGAAGCCAAUGAGCUCAAUGGAAUCCUUGCGCAGCCACAUAGUGCAAGGACAUUGCCCCAGUUUCAACCCCCUGGCAACUGCAGAAACACUGGAGCUUGAUCCUGAAUGGGUUGACAUUUGCCUCCAUGGCAACGCCUUUGCCAAGCUCAGAGCCCCAAUGUCCAGACUUCAUUUGACCUUGCGCUGCUUGCACUGCCCACAAACCUACAAACGGGCAGGAGACCUUGCCAAUCAUUUGAUGACCAGCCACUCCCGUUUAUGGCGCUGGUCUCAACGCUUGACGCUGCUUUUGGUCGAAUUGAUUUUUGCACGACAUGGGUGCAUGUGCAACCCACAGAUCAACCAAGUUCGACAGAACCACAUCUGUUUGCCCCUUAGGCAGCUUGCUAUGGCCUACCACCGCCUGGAUCCAGCUCCAUUCAUGCCUGUGCCCAUCACAGAGAAUGUGCUCAACCACUUGUUGCACAGUUCCAUACCUAGGGACAGCCGUUUUGCUCUGAUUCAACUUUUUGUGGACAGACGAUUUGCUGAUUUGUGGAAACUGCCGCAGGUACGACAGAUGCUGAGCACCGCAUGCCUGAUGUGCGGCCAUGCCCAAGAACCAGGUUUGAUUUGCCGACAUUUCUUUGAGGCGCACAUGUGCACACAUCAGUUUGUGGAGUUUUACAUGGAAACACUGCUGCCGAUGAUGCAACAAGAGCUCACGACAGAUUACAGAUGUGAUUUGUGUGGCCAGAUUUUUAAUUUGCCAGCAUCGGAUCCAGUCAAUCCAGAUGCUACCAGAGCAGGUCAGGUUCAAACCCAUUUACAAGGGAACUGCCCGGGCGACUUGGCGAUGAGUGGCUGGGAUUGGAACACCCAGCAACAGAUACGGGACACCUUCUCGUACCUGGCGCCAAUCUUCGACAAGUCCCUGCAGCUGCAACCCAAUCCGAAGCCUCAGAAGAAGGCCAAGAAGAUCACGCUCUGCAAGGAACAGACCCGGCACAUCUCCAGAGAUACCUCCUGGCCCUGGGCCAAUCUUGUCCUACGACACGAUCACAGCUUGAGCUUGCUGCAAAGCACAGACUCUUUCAUACUUUUCUUUCAGCAGGACAAGGAGGGCUCACUACAGGGGUUGCUUCAGGAGACGCAGAAAUGGCAGAUGCAGCGACAGCAAUCUCCGUCCCUGCAACAGCCACCUCUGAGACAACACCUGAGCCAAUGGUUUCUGCUGGACAUGCUGAACCGAGUGACCAAGGUCUCCGAGAGCAAGCCGGGCGACCCCCUGUACCAAGCAUGCCUGGACAAGAAUCUCAUUCAGGAAGACAUGAGCUGGACGUAUCUGAGAUGGGAUGCAAACCAGAAGAAACUGCUGGUGGACAAGAAAAAGGCUGUCUCGAUGGGCAAAAUGCUCCAGCACAUACAGGAGUUGAUCGAGGACUUCAAAGACCCGACGCUGGUGGUGAAGUUCCAGGGAUUGGCAACCAGCACACAGCAGCCCACGAUCCCGUGGAAACUUCAACUGAACAUGCGCAUGGACAGGCCCUACGAUCUUCUCCACACCCUGACACACAAUGCGUCAACUGACGCGACAGGUGCAGAGCAUGCUCCCACGACCCAAAGGAGGGGGCAAGGGGAAGAGCAAACACAAGGGCAAAGCUCAGACCACAUCGACAUCCUGACAAUUGACGAACAAUUUGCCUUGCGUCGGCUGACUUCAAAGAUGACCUUGGCCAAUGACGCAAGUUGGUGCUAUGCCAACACAAUGAUGUUUGGAAUGCUGUGGACGCUUCUGAGUCUGAAUCGGGCCGAUGCUGCUGAUUGGGGGCCGCACUUCAAGUCACUGCAGCAAUUCAUUCAUGAUAGCAUGCAUCAACCUGUAAUGCUCAAACAAUAUCCAUGGUUCAAUCAGUUGCUUGAGUGCUGGGGCAUGCCACAAACCCAACAGGAUUGUGGUGAGUUUGUUCGAGCUGCUUUACAUUGGCUUAGCUCUCCAUGUGUUGACAUGAGCUGGGAACGACGUUUUGCGCACGCUGACCAAACAUGUUGCCAUGACCGUGGCACUGCAGAGAUGCCAUUGAUUUUGCAAUUUGUGGAUGAUCAUGUAAACCUACCUUUUUGCAAGCUUGAAACGUUGAUUGGCCCCUGGCAUCAGGCUGCUGGCAUGAAGACAGGCCUUUUGCAUGGGGCGCCGAUCCUUUGCGUGCAAAUUGAGAGGAUGAUUGACAGUAACCCUGACCAGAUCGAGAAAUGCAGUUGUGCUAUUGACCUUGACCAUGAAACCAUGAUUCCCAUUUUCAUUCAUGCUGGAACACAGUGCGAGCUGCUCAGCUACAUCCCAGUAGCUGCCGCGGCCCAUUUGGGCACUGAUGGCGCAGGGCAUUAUCAGGCCCUCCUGAAGAUCCAACCUACAGUGGUGAAGGAGACAAGCCCUGUGAAAUGGCUUGUCACUCAGGACAACAUGAGUCCUCAGGCAUGCUGGACGGUCCCUGCCGCGAUCAGCCAGAACCUGACACUGAUAUGGAUGGUUCGUACAGAUUGCCUGCAAUUGCCGCCAUAUACUGAGUUGCCCAUGGAGACACCAGAUCCGGAUGUACAUGACGUGGGAGGCCUUUUGGCCCUGCUUUCCAAAACUGCUGAUGCCAAAGGCCCUGGGUCAAAAGCACCAUCCGACACAAUGCAAUGAAACUUUUUCUUUCUCCGAUGCCAAUCUGAAUUUUCCAGAUGUUUUGCGAUGACCUGCACAAAUCGAGAAGUGUAGGAACAUGGGUUUCAGCCUUCAGAUUCCAUUAAGCACAUGGAACCGGCAAUAGCCGCUGGCUGGCACAGACCUUA